CUCUUCUCACACUCACACACUCCAACAACAGCUGCUGCUCAGCGUUAGCAGCAACACAACUGACAGAUACAUCACAAUACACACCAGACAGCCUUAACACAGCCUCACGCGUUUAUUUUUCAUUUCAUAUCUUUCCAGUUGCGUUUUCUUACAUGGACUACACGCUUAUCAAAACAAAGCGAGCUGAAUUCAGAAGUGUUUUGGCCAGACGGACAGAGGCUAUAAUAGCAGGCUAAUCUGUGUUUGCUAACAGGCUUCAGUUCAGACUGAAGGUUUAAAAACAUCGGUUUAUUCAUAAACACAGACAUGGAGUUCAACGUCAGACGACUAGCAGCGGACGCGGGCACUUUCCUCAGCCGUGCUGUGCAGUUAACAGAGGAGACGUUUGGGCAGGCGGAGAAGACUGAGCUGGACGCCCACCUGGAGACUCUUUUAAUUCGGGCAGAAUCCACCAAACACUGGACGGAGAAGAUCAUGAAACAGACCGAAGUUGUGCUGCAGCCGAACCCUAAUGUCCGGAUGGAGGAGUUCCUUUACGAGAAGCUGGACAAAAAAGUCCCAACAAGGGCCAACAAUCACGAGUUGCUAGGGGAGUGCAUGAUCGACUCGGGACACGAGUUCGGACCUGGAACUGCGUACGGUAGUGCUCUUGUUAAAUGUGGGGAGACUGAGAAGCUGUUAGGCAGCGCAGAGAAAGAGUUCAUUCACAGUGCCGCCAUCAAUUUCCUCACUCCCUUCAGGAACUUCAUUGAGGGAGAUUUUAAAACCAUAUCUAAAGAGCGCAAACUGCUUCAGAAUAAGCGUCUAGAUCUGGAUGCAGCCAAAAACAGAAUGAAGAAGGCCAGAGUGGCUGAUGCUCGUUCUGCAGAGCUGAACUCAAGCUCUCCGCUGGGAGAGGAGUAUGUGGCUCACUUUUCUUACAUGCUCAGCUUCUUGCAUGUCAGGUGGCUAAAGCUGUGGACAGAGGAGGUGCAGCAGGCAGAGACAGAACUGAGGAUAGCACAGAGUGAGUUUGACCGGCAGGCCGAGAUCACCAGACUUCUGCUGGAGGGUAUCGGCAGCACUCAUGCUCAUCACUUGCGCUGUCUGAAUGAUUUUGUGGACGCUCAGGCUGCAUAUUAUGCCCAGUGUUACCAGUACAUGGUCAAUCUGCAGAAACAGCUGGGAAGCUUUCCAUCCACGUUCUCUAAUAACAAUCAGCCGGCUAGCAGCUCCUCCGCCAGCGUCUCGGUUCCCUCGGCCCCGCCGGCCGCCUCGCUGCCCGCUCCGCCACCCAGCCAGACCUCACCCGCGCUCAACGAGCUCCGCAGCACCUCGGGCACCCGUAAGGCCCGUGUGCUCUACGACUACGACGCUGCCAGCAGCAGUGAGCUCUCUCUGCUCGCUGAUGAGGUGAUCACCGUGAGCAGUGUUCCAGGCAUGGACUCUGAUUGGCUGAUGGGGCAAAGGGGCAAUCAGAAAGGCAAAGUGCCAAUUACUUACUUGGAGCUGCUCAAUUAAGAUCACAUUGUAGAUGUGGGUUCGACAAGAGUAACACUCCAGAUGUGAUCUGAGAGAGAUCAGAAUUUAAUGUACCGCAAAGCAAUAUAAAAGUCUUCUACACUGCCAUUUCCUGUUGUGUGAAUGCCUCCUCUGCCAUUGGAGGGGCGGCAUAAGUAGCCUUACAGUAACGAACAGCAGUCCGAGGUUGCAAACUAUUAAUCGGAUUUAUGUGCCAACUGAUUUUUUUUUACUGCUAAACUAAUUGAUUUUGCUAUAAUGUGCUAUGGUGCUCAAAUAAAUAUUAUAUAAACUAUAUAACAGUG